GCUGGCUAUACUCUCUCACACAACAUCACAACAAACAACAAGUAGCUAAAAUUAAGCUAGAGGGAGCGAGCUAGCUAGUUUUGCGAAUCCUAACAGGAAAGCAGCUGCAAACCUAUAGUCAUGGCCUGGCAAUUACAAUCGAGGACGUGCUUCCGGCCAUCGUCAACGCACCCGGUCCCGGUCCGCUGCUGCUCGGGGCCGGCUCGGCGCUCGGCGAACUACGCGCCCAGCUCCUGGGACUACGACUCCCUCUUGCUGUCGCUCCACAACAAUGGCCAACUCAACCAUCCGGUCGGACGAGCUUGGAGCUUUGAUAGAUUGAAGGCUAGCGUGAGGGAGCGUCUGACAGCGGCUUGCAGAUCAGGUGACGGCGGCCACCACCAAGGUGCGAAGCUCAGGCUCGUCGACACGAUCCAACGGCUCGGCGUCGCCUACCACUUCGACAACGAGAUGACCGACAUCCUCGCCUCCAUCCAUAGCUGCAGAUGGGAUAAUGAUGACGAUGUUGCUUCCACUGCCUUGGGGUUCAGGUUGCUCAGGGCAAAUGGCUUCCCAGUCACCCCCGGAGAACAUUUGAAAAAUCUCAAGCACCGAUCAGAAUGCCACCUCACAUCAGCACUCCGGAAGGACGAUGUUACGGAGCUCCUCUCACUCUAUGAGGCUUCAUACCUUGCGUUCCGAGACGAAGAAUCAUUGGAUCAAGCAAGAAAGCCCUCUGCCUACGCUCUGAGAGAGCUCUUGCCAUCCAUGGAUCCCCACUUACGUCAAAGCGUGGUUCAUGCUCUGGAACUACCAUUGCACUGGAGAUCUCCAAGACUAGAAGCAAGAUGGUUCAUAGAUCACAAGGGUAGAGACCUUAGAAAUCCAGAUCCGCUGCUCCUGCGAUUCGCAAUGAUGGAUUUCGACGACGUGCAAAGUGUGCAUCAGCAAGAACUUGUCAGACUAACAAGAUGGUGGAAGGAGACUGGCCUUGGUGAGAAGAUGGGGUUUGCGAGAGAUCGUCUCAAGGAAUGCUAUCAUUACGCAAAUGGAAUCGUUUGGGAGCCAAGCCUCGGAUCAUGCCGAGAAGUGCUUGUUAAAGUUGCAAAUCUAAUUGUUCACUUGGAUGAUGUUUACGAUGUGUAUGGAACCCUAGAUGAACUCAUCCUCUUCACUGACGCCAUUGGAAGGUGGGAAGAAAGCCCUAGUGAAAUGCUCCCUGAAUAUGCACGGGCACUAUACUCUGUUAUGUACAACACAUCCAAUGAGAUGGCAGAAAAUGUGCUGAAAAAACAUGGCGUCGAUGUGCGUUCCCUUCUUCGUAAAGCGUGGCAUGACAUGGCGAAGACGUUCUUGGUGGAGGCAAAGUGGCACCAUGGAAACCACAGACCAAUCCUCAAGGAGUACCUCGACAACGGGUCGGUUUCAUCCUCUGCACCGUUAUUGUUGCAACACGCAUUUCCCAUGCUCAACAUGGAAGUCACGACAAAGUCACUUGACCAAGUCCGAAGCUACCCUAGAUUAGUUCAGUCUGCUUCACUGAUUUUGCGCCUCUGCAACGACUCCGCGACACACUCCGCUGAGCUAGAGAGAGGAGAUGCACCAUCUUCCAUAGCUAUCCAUAUGUGGGAGAACAGCUCUAGUGAGCAAGAGUCUCGCCAAGCCAUGGAAGACCUUACCAUAGAUGCUUGGAAGUCGAUUAACGAAGACACAUUAGAACACUGCCAAUUUUCCAGAUCUUUUGCCAAGACAUGUGUGAAUUUGGCUCGAAUCUCGCAUUGUGUCUACCAAGGUGGGGAUGGUUUUGGUUCACCAGAUGGUCUGAAGAAUAUGCAGAUCAGAGAGCUGUUCUUGGAGCCUUUCAUGGCUGAUAAACGUUAAGUGAUGGAAGUCCUAAAAAGCACCGACAUGUGUUUAAUUCCUUUUAACACAUAAAGGCAGUGUCUCGCUCUAACAAGGGUAUAUAUUUUAUAUGGAUGAUUAUUUAUUUGUAAAUACCAAUUUUAUUGUCUAGCAAAACUAUAGAAUCAGUAUGUCUUUGGCUCUUUGCUCAAUAUCCAAAGAGUGUGGGCUGAAAACCAAUGUACUAAAUCCACACCGGUGUACCUCUCUUUCAAACCAAGUUUUGGAUGUAAUAGCCUCUGAUUUAUAAUAAACUUUCCUUGUACCAUCAACUUCAAA